GCGGGGCGGGCCCGGGGGGGCGGGUAGUGCUGGAGCCGCGGCGCCCGUCCCGCAGCGCGGCCGGGGCGCGGGGGGCCGCCCGCAUGGUGGACAUCCUGCUGCCGGGCGCCAUGGGCGAGCCCUCCAAGAGGCGGCCGGGGCUGGCGCUGUGCGCGGGCUGCGGGGGCCGCAUCCAGGACCCCUUCCUGCUGCGGGUGUCCCCGGACCUCGAGUGGCAUGUCGCCUGCCUCAAGUGCGCCGAGUGCGGGCAGCCGCUGGACGAGACCUGUACGUGCUUCCUGCGAGACGGCAAGGCCUACUGCAAGCGGGACUACAGCAGGCUCUUCGCCGUGAAGUGCGCGCAGUGCCGGGCCGCCUUCAGCAGCAGCGACCUGGUGAUGCGCGCCCGCGACCACGUCUACCACCUCGAGUGCUUCCGCUGCGCCGCCUGCGGCCGCCAGCUCCUGCCCGGGGACCAGUUCUGCCUGCGGGAGCGCGACCUGCUCUGCCGCGCCGAGCACGGGCCGCCCCCCGACGGCAGCGGCGCCCGCGGGCCGCGCAGCCCCGCCGCCCCGCACCUCGCAGAGCCGGUGCCCGGGCGGCCGCCUGCCCCGCGCCCGCCGGCGCACAAAGCGGCGGAGAAGACGACGCGGGUGCGAACGGUGCUGAACGAGAAGCAGCUACACACGCUGAGGACCUGCUACGCCGCCAACCCGCGCCCCGACGCCCUGAUGAAGGAGCAACUGGUGGAGAUGACGGGGCUCAGCCCGCGCGUCAUCCGCGUCUGGUUCCAGAACAAGCGCUGCAAGGACAAGAAGAAAUCCAUCCUCAUGAAGCAGCUCCAGCAGCAGCAGCACAGCGACAAGACGAGCCUGCAGGGUCUCACCGGGACGCCGCUGGUGGCCGGGAGCCCCAUCCGCCACGAGAGCGCCGUGCAGGGCAGCGCCGUGGAGGUGCAGACCUACCAGCCGCCUUGGAAGGCGCUCAGCGAGUUCGCCCUGCAGAGCGACCUGGAUCAGCCCGCCGCCUUCCAGCAGCUGGUCUCCUUCUCCGAGUCCGGCUCCUUGGGCACCUCCUCCGGCAGCGACGUGACCUCGCUGUCCUCCCAGCUCCCCGACACCCCCAACAGCAUGGUGCCCAGCCCGGCCGAGACGUGAGGCGGACCGGCCGCCCGCCGCCGCGGGACCUCCGCAUGCCUGCGCUCCCUGCAUGAGACACCGGCCGCUCCCGGGGCGCCGGACAAACGCCUUUGUUUUUUAAUUAUUCCUAUUUAAAAACAAACAAACGAAAUAUGUUGCCGACGGCCAAAAAACCACCGGGAUCCUCGCUGCCUUCACCAGACCGGAGAGAGAGAGAGAAAAGAGCCC